AUGCCUAAUGUUUUUAGUUCAAACGUAUGUUUAAUCUUAUUGUUAAUCCAUCAAUUCUAUUACCAUCGUUUUACCUGUAAGGCAAACGCAUUUAGUUGGUUUUCAGCUAGUGAAUAUGGUAUUGCAAUUGCCAAUAUGGGAUUUCAUUUAACCGCUGCAUAUGAUUUUCAAGAUGUAGCUUUAACAACAGAAACUUCUAAAUGUUCUACUGAGUAG